GCAGGUGCAGGGAGGGGGGCAGCACAGAAUUAUACCAACCAACCUGCAAACAUGUCCAUUACAUCGUUAGAUAGUACAUCCGGGUAACAGCUGGAACUCGCUACAUCAGCAUGCGUUGACUUGCUGUAAUAUAAUCUCCCUCAUAGUGUCAGAAAUCUUAACUGCUGUUGCCUCGCCAACCAACCACCGGCUUAAAUUACUGUCAUCUUACAACUGCCUUUAAAAAAAAAAGCCACGCCCUUGUAUAGUCGCACAGGAUUUAAAGAUUUGGCAUUAAUCAGUAACUUUUAGUGAAACGGUAAUCGAUUAUGCAUUUGGCAACUUUACGAGAUGUGUGAUCUUCUCGUUCAGCUCGAAGAUGAACUGGGACAAUCAGCUGAGCUCCAUCCUCUCAGUAGCAGAUGGCAGCGUCGCGAAGAUGCGGGAAAGACUGACUUCACAUGGGAAAUUCUCCAAAGGAAGUGAAGAUUUGUUUCCAGUAAGGGAGAGGGUUCUUGAUUCGCAUUUGGACCCUCCAGCUUUUCCCCCUCGAGUCCCCCAUAACCGGCAGCCUUCCUCAUCUCUCAGCCCCAGAGUGCAGUGGGCAGACCUGGCUUCUAUCCAGUCACAACUCCAGAUACAGAGCCAGGCAAUCGAGUCACUCACACAGAAACUCCAUGAUAUGGAAAGGGAGAAAAAAUCUCAGCAAUGUCUCAUUCAGACUCUACAAGAUGAGAUUUACCAGCUGCGUGAGGAGUUUAUAGACAGGGAGAGAAAGAGGGAGGACCUGGUUAUUAGGGCUCAAAGUCCAGGAGUGGAGAGAAGGAUGGAGCAGUGGAGAAAAGAAGUUGGCCGUGAACUGAGCAGCCUGCGGGGACACAUCACCCAAGUCACAUCUCAUGGCAGCCUGGAAGAGAGUUUCAGCUCGAAACUCCGGCGGGAGGAGCUAGGAAACCUGAGGAGAGAGUUGGACCAACUGAAAACACGGCUAAGGAGACAAGAGGAGGACAUCUUCCUCCAGCAGACAGAGUCCAGGGAGACCAGAAGACAGUAUGAACGCAGUUGUAAGACACUGGAGGAUCUGACAGACAGCUACAGGACUCACAGCACUGACCUGAUUAAAACCAUCUCCCAGUAUUCUCACACUCAGCAAGAAGUCCGUCAGAUCAGGACCACCAUGUCAGAGCUGAAGGAUGAGGUGAGGAGUCUCAUUCUUAGAGGACACGAACCAGCACAUAUACUGUCACCGCACACACUGGAGGCCUCAGCCCUUCCAGCCCCUCAAAUCCAGAGGAGAGGCGUCAGAACUGAAGAGGCAGGCUCUGACUCUGAAGAUUUUAGCCCAACCCUAAGCCUCGCUGAGAUCAGCUCCGAUGACCUGUCAUGGUUGGAGGACAAAAACCCCGCUAUUCAAGAGAGAGGAAGACAUCUGAGCGUUCAGUCCAGACCAAGUAGUUUUGCCGGUCCAGCAUCAGAUCUGGAAGAUGAUGAUGACAACGACUCUGACGAUCUUCUGGAUGACCGUUUGAACCCAGAGUCAGGAUCAGAAUUAAGUCUUGAUGACCUCUGAUUUCUACACACACAGCAACUCCUUGUGAAGAAAGCAAGCAAGACCUGCUUCAGUGUGGGAUGACAGACACCGCAGCCUUUUUUUAAACAGCAAGUCGGAACUGCCUCCACAUGCACGGGCUGAUUGGACUGUGAGAGCAGAUUGAAGAGGAGAGCAGCUGUUUAAAGAGUUCUUUGUGGAAGCUUCUUACUCUCAUUUCAUGGUGCCGGGCUUAGUACCGGCAAAGGUGCAUUAAGUCUCUGUGUAAGCUGCCCCAGAGCAUAUAUAAUGUUUUAAUCGCUGCCGCACCCUCUGCCUGCCCGUCAGAUCCUUACAGAGUUCCAGCCAGGAACACUGUGAUUGCUGAGCCACAGUGUUUGAUUUUGGGAAAGACGAAAGUAAAACCACGCUUGCACCAAUUAAAGGUUGUUGGAGUUUGGUAAAACUUUGAUGUGGUUGAGAAAUGGGCAGGACUUCACUGGUGGCCACAGCGGCAUCCAUAAAGACGCAAAACAAUGCCCCGGCUUUGCUUCCCUCGUGUUUAAGAAGACCCCAGGUUGGUACGUUCUAAUUGAACGCCUCCUCUAAAACACAGCAGAUUAACAAUAUGUAUACGUAGUGAAAUCUCAGAGUAACUCUUAGCCUUAAAGGUCCUUGGACCACUUUCCUCAGUGGUGCAGAAUAAUGGAUGUUUAAUAGCUGCUUCACCAUCCCAUGAAGCACUCUUCAGUCCAUAAGGAAUCUGAUGAGGUAGAAUGUUUGGCCCCCGUCAAUGUAGCAGAAGCGAAGGCAAAAUGGAAUCGAAAACUUUCAACGUUAUCAAGGCCCUAAUGGCUCCUCAUCCACUUCUACCUCCACACCAGACAGUUGAGAGUCCUUGAAUUGUUUGAUGACACAGUGAGCCAGGUUAUGUCUUUUGCUCUUUCAAAUAUUUUUGCCUCAGAACAGAUCUGUCAGACACACUGAGUGCAGAGCCACAGGACGCUGACAGGCGGCCAGGCGCUCAGUGUGUCUGUGUGGUGAAGCUUGUUUUCUUAUUCGUCUGUAGAAAACUAAAUGUCAUCCUACUCAAGCCUAUCAAGCUCUACUCUCCUUGCCGAGGCUCGGCUUAGUCGGCAUUACAAAUGAAGUCCUAACAGAAAGAUGUGUUUGCGCGUGUGUCUACAUACAUAUGAAAAACCUUUUGCUGCCACUUCAUGGCAUCUGCCAACUAUUGUGCAAAGCUGUUUAUCAAUGUGUUCACUGAGCAGUUAUGUGGGUGUUUUGUAUAGCAAAAUAAAAGAAAAGGCAGAUGGAGAUUUCAAAAUAACUUUAAUCAUAAAUCACCAACAUCACACAUGGCAGCAAUACCUCACAGGGAAUUCAAUGUUCUUUUUAAGAAAUGGACAACACGGGCCUGUACACAUUUAUUAUAUUCAAACGGUACAGUAAGAAAAAGAUCAACGCACAAAUAAUUGGCUGUGGCCCUCAUGGUGCUUAGAUUGUGGCUUUCUCUAAUGUCCAGGACAAUGCUAACAUUGUCUCAAAGGGCAGGUGGAAAACUUGGCUGAAACUGUUAUUGUGUAAAGGAGUGCCUCCUGGUGAACAUGCUCCAGGCUUUGAAGCACUGACAAGUCAGCGCAGCAUCCUGUCCUUUAGUGUGUAACACAAUGGGACCGAAAAAGUUCUGGGAAUGACUGAUAAAUCCUGAAGUUUGCUCAUGUCACAUAUUUACAGUGAAUACAAAAUUCAAUAAGAGCUAUAAGGCACUCUCUCCUGUACUGAGGCCUGCAGGACAGAAAAAAACUGGGAGAAAAAUACACCUAAGUUAAGUCUAAAGGCAGUGAAACCAAAUAAAAACAUUUAAAUAUUCAGCCAUGCCCCAAUUACGUCAUACAGAUGCAAUGAACAGACUCACACACAUUCACACCUCCAAACACACACAUUUCUGCUGCUUAUGUACACAAACAAAAUUUAUAUUUUUCUGCUUACAAAACAAAAACAUACUUUUCCUUUCUUUUUUUUUCUUCCUCCUGAAAAAUGUAAAGUGCAACCUUGUUAACACUAUGUUUGCUUUUUGUAUUUUCUCACACCACUUAGUCAGACUCUCUGGCCUUUGUGUCCGCCUGACUUGAACUGAUGAAGGGAAAUAAGACCAGUGCCACUUCAGGUGAGAGCCGGGCAUGAGGAGCUCUGACAAUUGGAGACAGCUCAUGGCAUCUCCUGCUUAUGCCAACUGUCAUCGUCCCCGGUAAACUGACAUAUGACAUGCAACCUGAAACGAUGGGCUGAACAAUAAUAAGUGUGCAUGGCUGAACAGGAGCCCAAUUGGUCAUAACGCACACCAAAAUAGAUUUUCCUUUUUUCUUCUUUUUUUCCCCAAAUGGGAUUAAUCAUGGGUGUUGUCCACUGUGGUUUCAAUGAUGUCUUCUCCCAGUGUAUGUGCCAAAUAUUGUGGUGGAAUCCAGGAAUGCGCAUUCACCUACCCAGGCUUCUUUCGGUUUGGUACAGAUUAAGGAGAAGAGAUGAGGUUAAACAAACACGCCAGCCUGAGUCCGGAUUGAAGGAGGGUGUUUUGGCACAAAGAGUUCAGUGGGGCCUCCAUCAGUAGCUGUACAUGGACAGAGGUGUGUCUUCCAUCAUGUCAUCCUGGGUAGGUCCUGGAGCCUGCGGAACUCCGGUCUAGUGUCUCUUCGGCGCAGCUUGAGGAAGAGGAGCAGAGUGAUGAUGACGGCGGUGAUGAUGAAGGCCGACACCAAGCCAGCCAGGAGGGGGUCUAAUGGGGGAGAGUCCCGGGCCUGCGCUGUGUCACCCCCCACGUUCAGCUGGGAGGGGCUGUCGGCGUGCGUUUUGGCCUGGGCCGAGGUGCCCAUCGUAGUGGACUUCAGCCGGGCUUCAGUGGAACUCUGGUGUUGUCGGCUAGACGUAGAAGUGUGUAUCGGUGGGUUAGAACCGGGGGUGCUCUGAGAUGAGCUGGCGCUGGACGUGGAACUGGGCUGAGUGCUGGCGGGCGUGGGGGAGGUUUGGGGCGUUUGUGGUUCAGGUGCUGGGGCAGAUGUAGAGGCUGUUGUUGUGGGUUGAGAGGGCGAAACAGAAGCAGCUGCUGUGGAUGCGUGCGUGCUUGACGUGUUGCUGGCAUUCGUAAAAGGAGUUGUGGUGGGUGUUAUAUGUGCAGGGAGGGUGGGAGCCACCUGAGUGAUGCUGGCAUUGGUAGGGGGAGGGGAGGCAGGAGAGGUGGGGGAGUGGCUCUCAGGGAGAACCUCUGGAGGUUGGGAUUCUUGAUCUGUUGAGUUCCCGUCCUUGCCUGAAAGACCAGUUUCAGGAACUACAUCAGCAGGUGCCUGUGAAGGCAUGGUUUUAUUUUCUGUGACUGUGUUGAGGCUGAGGCUUAAGGUGCCGUUGGAAGUGAGGCUUGCGUCAGGGCCUUUCUGUGCAUCACUGGCUGCGUCUGGAUCCGAACCGGGGGCUGAAGCUUCAGCUGGAGGGAGAGCACUUGGUGACGCUGGAGGGUUGGUUUUGCGGUCCUCUUCUGUGAACGGCGGAUGCCAAGUUGAGGAGCAGGAGCGCACAAAGGGCAAUCGGCAGUUUGUUCUCCAUCAUCCGUCUCCUUUUGCUACACAGGAAGAGAAUGAUCAAACGAGCGACGUUUCCUCUCCACAGACUCUCUCUGGUCGUUCCGCGUUGCCCUGCCUGCCUGGCUGUCCGGUUGCAGACUGUCAGCGAUCCGCGUAAAGAUCCUCUGGCACGGCUCAACACCCACUGCCGGGACGCAGGGGGGGUGGGGGGGGGGGCUGUGUCCGCGUGUGCGUGGCUGGCCGGGCUGGAGGAGGAGUGAGUGCGCUGCUCGCAGGGCUCUCUGGCUCCCACCAGAAGCAGUGCCACGUGUUCCUCGUUCAAAAUAGUCAAUGCGCCUGACUCCCGUGCCGUGACGCGUGUUCGGGAGAAAGACUGACACCUACCCACACAGGACAGAAAAGGCGCGGGGAUCAGUAGGCUACGCUGCGUGCGUCACAGCGAACGGACAAAAAUCCACAUCCACGGAGAUCAUGUUGACCUUUAUGAGGGUCCUACAGUCUGAGACGUGU